AUGGCUUCUCCUGACUGCACAACACCUGAGGCAGCAGCCAACAUGAUGCAGGCAAAGGAUUUGGAAGCGAGGGAUUUGGAAGCGAGGGAUUUGGAAGCGAGGGAUUUGGAAGCGAGGGAUUUGGAAGCGAGGGAUUUGGAAGCGAGGGAUUUGGAAGCGAGGGAUUUGGAAGCGAGGGAUUUGGAAGCGAGGGAUUUGGAAGCGAGGGAUUUGGAAGCGAGGGAUUUGGAAGCGAGGGAUUUGGAAGCGAGGGAUUUGGAAGCGAGGGAUUUGGAAGCGAGGGAUUUGGAAGCGAGGGAUUUGGAAGCGAGGGAUUUGGAAGCGAGGGAUUUGGAAGCGAGGGAUUUGGAAGCGAGGGAUUUGGAAGCGAGGGAUUUGGAAGCGAGGGAUUUGGAAGCGAGGGAUUUGGAAGCGAGGGAUUUGGAAGCGAGGGAUUUGGAAGCGAGGGAUUUGGAAGCGAGGGAUUUGGAAGCGAGGGAUUUGGAAGCGAGGGAUUUGGAAGCGAGGGAUUUGGAAGCGAGGGAUUUGGAAGCGAGGGAUUUGGAAGCGAGGGAUUUGGAAGCGAGGGAUUUGGAAGCGAGGGAUUUGGAAGCGAGGGAUUUGGAAGCGAGGGAUUUGGAAGCGAGGGAUUUGGAAGCGAGGGAUUUGGAAGCGAGGGAUUUGGAAGCGAGGGAUUUGGAAGGCGAGGCAGAGGCAUAG